AUGAGCACGAACACCAGCAUCCUGCGGGGUGACAAAUCCACAUAUCCAUACGAGGUAUUUCAUCUGCUCAAGUGUGACGCCGUUGAACUUGGCCAUGGCAUGGUGCUGAUUGAGCAAUCAGGAAGAAUGUGGUUUGUGAAACGGGCAUAUGUGACGGCGUCGAAUUUGGAGACGAUUAGUCGAGCUUUCGCUGCAUCGUCUAAGGAAAGCGUGUCGAUAGAGAACGACGUGACGAAUUCGACCGUGGCGACCGGUGGUGUUGGAACGGCUGUUUGCGAAGAAGAGGCCAUCUUUUCCAUACGCUUCAUCAACUCGGUGAACAUUUGCUGCUGCGCCUUGGUUUGGUUUUCAAAGAUGAUCCCGGGCUCACUGCCCAGCCCGAGUGAGUGUCCACUCAGCAAUUCGGCCAAGCAAAAAAGGGCAGGGCUGCUUUGGAACUUGACUAUCGGUCCGACCGAGCUUGGAGGACCACCUAGAGUCAUUGUAUCAGAAACCGAUUUCACCAGCAAUUUGACUGGGCCUGGAGUUGGGGCUGGAGCUCGAUCAGUAGUUCGACCGGGCCGGAAGCCGAGGCUGGAGCUCUUGAGCAAAAAUCGUCGUCCUCAGCCGUCCGCGUUGUACUCCGCUGAUCGCCAGUUGUUGUGGUUGUCGUUACAGCCGAAAACCUUCAUUGAAGUCGAAGAAAUCGGGGAGUAG